ACACCGACAUGCACCAAAGUGGAGGCUGAGACACAAGCUGAGUAGUGUGGAGUAAAAACUCGUAGACAGUCAGUCAGUCCCUUCGGCGAUGCUUAUCCGAACACCAGUCUACAGAGAUUGAUCACCGAUCACGCAGCUGACUGAUCGCCCGCAGUGCAGCGGACAAACACAGACCAGUGUGCCCCCCUCUCUGAGCUCCAGGAAGAAGACGCAAAAAUGUCAGAGAGGAGAGGUCAGAAGAAGUCAAUUUUUCUGUCUUCAUUUUUAGUGUGUUGCAUGUUUGCUAGUGCAGAGUACUCCAGCUGUGGAGAGUAUGAGUUCUUCAACCAGACCAGUAACAGCUGCCAGGCCUGUCCUCAGUGCCAGCCAGGACAAGAGCCGCAUAUGACCUGUGGCUACGGUGUGAAGGAUGAGGACUUUGCCUGUGUACCGUGCCCACAGGGCAAAUAUUCCAAAGGGAAGUACGAGAUCUGCAGACGCCACAAAGACUGCGAUGCCCUCUACAAAGCUACAGUGCGUGUAGCGGGAACUCCGGACAGCGACGCAGAGUGUGGGCCAUGUUUACCGGGGUACUACAUGCUGGAGAACAGACCCAAAAACCUGUAUGGGAUGGUAUGCCACUCCUGCCAGAACGCACCACGCAACACCAAAGAAUGCACGCACGUCAAAAAAGGGGAAAAACCUCUAAUUGACCCUGGCAGCACGACUGUGUUCCCUCAUCCAGAAAAAGGUUCCAAUGGACAGGGUCACCUAGCGACGGCUCUCAUUAUCGCCAUGUCAACCAUCUUUAUCAUGGCCAUCGCCAUCGUCCUCAUCAUCAUGUUUUACAUCCUGAAGGCCAAACCGAGUGGCCAGGCUUGUUGUUCUGGACAAGUUGUGAAGGCAGUGGAGGCUCAGACCAACAAACAGGAAGACAAGAAAGAAGUCCCUGACAAUGUGGUGAUCUACUCAGAAAAAGACGAGUUUGACAAACUGAAAGCUCCUCCUCAAAAGACGGUCAAAAGUGAAAAUGAUGCGUCAUCAGAGAACGAGCAGCUGCUGAGCCGCAGCAUUGACAGUGAUGAGGAGGCAGCAUCUGAGAAACAGGGAUCAGCUGACACCAAUAACCCCAACCCCAACCUGUGCCUUGUCAACCUGGGCAAUAAGCCCGACCUCUGCCUGCUCUCUCUGGGGCUGCUGGAGAGCGACCGUGCCUGCAACGGGACCACCACCAUCACAGCUGGCCAGGCCAACAACAUCCCGAGUCCCAACCACAUCGGCAAUGUCAACCACAUCGCCAGCACUAACCACAUCAGCAGUGUGAACGCAAUCAAUAACAACAAUAAAACCCCGGGGAUGCUACAGAGUCGAAGGAAAAAGAUCCUCGAUCUAUAUGCCAGAGCCUGCAAUGUUACAGAGGGCCUGAGCCCCACAGAGCUUCCCUUCGACUGUCUGGAGAAGGCCAGCCGCAUGCUGAGCUCCUCCUACAGCAGCGAGGCGGCCGUGGUGAAGACGUGGAGGCACUUGGCCGAGAGCUUCGGCCUCAAGCGUGACGAGAUCGGCGGCAUGAGCGACGGCCUGCAGCUCUUUGAGAGGGUGAGCACUGCGGGCUACAGCAUCCCUGACCUCCUGACCCGCCUGGUACAGAUCGAAAGGUUGGACGCCGUGGAGUCGCUCUGCUCGGACGUGCUAGGCAGCAGCGAGGUAGCGGCGGCGGCCGGACGGCAAGGCAUCAGCAGUUUUCACAGCCAGCUGGUCUGUCCAUCCCCGUACCCAUCUCCCUCCCAACGCUGCGCCAGUGUCUAAAUAUGUGGUGGAGCAGAGACUUCAGAGACUUGGAUGCCUUACAGUUACAUGUCUGUAGGCACAGAUACUGCUCUGACAAGGAGGACAGCACAUGUACAGUAUACAUUAUACACAUUACCCCCCUCACAUGAAGAAUGUCAGUGGACUUUCCAAGGCACAAUCCUUUUCCCAUUGUGGGUAUUCUCUGUCAUGAAGCUAUCAUGAAAUACUUAGCAUGGCCUUCAUUUGUUAUCUUUCUACAGUGCUACAGACUUCAGAAAGACAAAAAUGAAAGAUUCCUCAGAGUGAGAUUAUUCUCUAGUUUGGUGGUUCAGAUAUUUUCCUCCUCUGCAAGAACAAAAUAAUCAGAAUUAAUUUCUUCCUUUCUCGAAUUCUAAGAAAUUUUAGCAAAAAAAUAGCUGGUUUAACUGUGCGCUGGACGUAACAAGAUAACAUUAAAAAAAAAAACAACACUUAGUGAGCACACUAUCACAGUUCCUUUUAAGUGGGAGAAAUGAGGAUGCCUUGUUAGCUGUCCUCUCACUGAACUUUCUGCUUCGUCCCGCUGCUGACAUAGCUAGAUGUUUGUGUCCGUAUAAAGGAAGCGACCUGGUUUGACCGCAGCAUCAGUUAACAUUCAUGACUGUGCCUUUGGCUGUGCUGUCAUCAUAUAGGACAGAUACGAGUUCCCUACUUAGAAUACCGUCUUUAUGCCCAGCUGGAAAUGCUAAAACAUCAUUCAGCUCAGCUUUCAUCUGGUAAACAUUGCUUCUGAACUUUGGGCAUUUAGGGACAACCCUGUGUCUCUUGCUGAAUUCGGACACCACCAGCAAACACACAACUACAGUCAGAGGUAGAUUAUGGUAUUUUCGGUUUUUAACCUGAAGACAUUAUGUCCGUAUUUUUAACUAAAUGCUAAAUGCCUAGAACUGCUCUUGUUCAAGUGCUUGUUCUCUGCCUAAAGACAGUAUGUAAAUCCACUUUCCACAACUUUAACACACACAGAUCAACGAGCUCUCUUGCUACAACUACUUCCUCAGCAGUGACCCAGUCUGUGACCCCCCCUCCUAAUAACCCCACCCCCCCCAAAUUCCCCUUUUACCCCAGUGCUGCGGUCUAGUGCUGCCGCCAGUCCUAAUUAUUUGGCGUGUGGCUCCCCGGGCCCCUAAUAGGCUGAAGUGUUGUGGUUUACAGAGCGGGUGCAAAGUGCCUGUGAUUUCCAGCACCCAAUUAAGCAUUUAGGGCCACUUAACCACUGAAAGCCCAGUGGAAAAGCUGUAAAAACCCUGCAUUAAAAAGAGAGAUCCCACAGCAGAGGCAUGACUAACUGCCCCUGGGGUUGCUGCACUGUGAACGGUGCAAGAAUGCAGCCGGUCGUGGUGGAAGCAGCGCUACGGUCGUCCUAUAACGUCUGAUCUUGCUCAGCUUUUGUGGUCUGCUCAGUCAUGCUCAGACAGGAUUUAAGCUCCCCUCUACCCUAUGGGACCAAUAUAGCAAAUGAGAACAAUAUGCAGUUGUGUGGGUUGUCCACUUGUGAAAAGCAGCUGAAGCCAGUUUAGUGCUGUAUGUACAGAAACUGAGAGUGGCUCCGAUAAGCAUCAGGAUAAACUUUGUGACCAGCGUCAUGUUAAUGCUCGUUUUAGCUCCGUUAAUAGUGAUGAUGUUAACAGAUAAGAUGCUGCGGGUCAACAUCCUUCUCUUCCAGUGGUUAAGCUCCAAAUUUCAACAUACACAAGCAAUGCCAAGACUUGCUUUGAUCUCAUUUCUCGGGAAUAGGACUGAUCUUUAUCUAAUGCCUGAUGUUGUCAGGACAAUGUCCUGUGACUGAUCUGCACAGAAUCAAACACAUCACCUGCUGCCAAGUUCUUUUUCUACUUCUUUACAUCGCAACUCUGGGGCAGGACCCCAGUACUUUAAAUUAAUAAAUGUGCAUGUUUAUCAAGCAUGUUUUCAUAUUUUAUAUCCUUUAACAUCUCUCGUCAAGGCAAAUAAAAAGAUUGCAUUAAAUAUAACUGCCUUCUUAGAGCAGGGUUGUCUUCAUCAGAUCCAAUUCAGUUCAAAACAGGUUUAACUAGUUAUUUUUUUAUGAUGUUUUAUGCUGUUGAACUUUUGUAAAUAAUCUAACUGCUUGAUUGAAUUGAAAUGAAAUGGAUCCAAGCCCUGUUUUCAGGCAGGCAAAAUCUUGUCUGACAUAUAUUAUGCUGAUAGGAUGAUAUACAGAAGCCAAACAUGGAUUACUUACCUCAGUAGCACAUACAGUAAAAUAGAACAUGUAGAAAAACACACAAACUGAUCACAGAACCAAAGUAUAACUGUAUAUAUAACUUAUUAUUGUACAUAAUGUAUACAUUA